AUGCUGAUACGGGAUGGAGCAUCCUUCCCUGAGCAGAUUUGGGAUGGAGCAUCCUUCUCUGAGGGAGCCUGCACAAAGCUGGACGAGGACAUCCUGGACAUCCCCUUGGACGAUCCCGACGCCAACGCGGCGGCCGCCAAGAUCCAGGCUAGUUUCCGUGGCCAUAUGACCCGCAAGAAGAUCAAAGGGGGAGAAAUCGAUCGGAAAACCAAGGACGCCGAGUGCGCCAACAGCACCCGCGGCGGCGACCUCCGCAACGGAGACUAG